CCUAGCUGUAGUAGGAUUCGCGAUGUGUCUCUCCGGAUGUGUUCGUCGCAGGCGGUAGUGAAUGUGAUCCAGCAGCGGAGCGACCCUCACGGCAGACCCAUGGCGGAGCACAGCGACUCCCCGGCGGCCCUCCAGUCCCCGCAACCCGCGCCCACCACCGGCUGGCCCAUCGUCAAGGAGGCGUACGAGCUCCAGGAGGUGAUCGGCAGUGGAGCCACAGCAGUCGUCCAGGCAGCUCUUUGUAGCCCCCGACAGGAGCGAGUGGCCAUCAAGAGAAUCAACCUGGAGAAAUGCCAGACCAGCAUGGAUGAGCUGCUGAAAGAGAUUCAAGCCAUGAGCCAGUGUAGCCAUCCAAACGUGGUCACCUACUACACUUCAUUCGUUGUCAAGGAUGAGCUCUGGCUGGUCAUGAAGCUCCUGAGUGGAGGAUCAGUGUUAGACAUCAUAAAGCACACGUUCAACAAAGGAGAGCAUAGAAACGGCGUUCUAGAUGAAUCCACGAUAGCAAGCAUUUUGAAGGAAGUACUGGAGGGGUUAGAUUAUCUACACAAAAACGGGCAGAUUCACAGGGACGUGAAGGCUGGUAAUAUUCUUCUGGGAGAAGAUGGAUCGGUGCAGAUCGCAGAUUUUGGCGUGAGUGCUUUUUUAUCCACCGGUGGAGACGUCACAAGACACAAAGUGAGGAAGACGUUUGUUGGGACCCCGUGCUGGAUGGCCCCAGAAGUAAUGGAGCAGGUACGAGGUUAUGACUUCAAAGCUGACAUUUGGAGUUUUGGAAUCACUGCCAUUGAACUCGCAACAGGCUCUGCGCCGUACCAUCGAUAUCCUCCUAUGAAGGUUUUAAUGCUCACGCUGCAGAACGAUCCUCCCUCGCUGGAAACUGGGGUCGAGGACAAAGAGAUGCUUAAGAAGUAUGGGAAAUCUUUUAGAAAACUUAUAUCCCUGUGCCUUCAGAAGGACCCCGCAAAGAGGCCCACUGCAGCCGAGCUUUUGAAAUGUAAAUUUUUCCAAAAGGCUAAGAAUCGAGAGUACUUGAUGGAAAAGCUGCUUACUAAAGGACCAAAUAUAAGCCAAAGAGCCAAAAAGGUCAGAAGGGUCCCAGGGUCGAGUGGACACCUGCACAAAACUGAAGACGGAGACUGGGAAUGGAGCGACGACGAAAUGGAUGAAAGAAGUGAAGAGGGGAAGGCAGCUGUCAAUCAUGAAAGGUCACGCAGGGUCAAAGAAAACGAAAACCAGCACGGAGAAGUGAAUGCGAACAGUCUCCCGCUGGAGGAUCUGUCCAUUCAGCACCCGCAGGUUCAGCCAUUGGAGAAACCCUCGAGCGCCCAUGGAGCUGUGAACAUGGUGCUGAGGUUAAGGAACUCCAAAAAGGAGCUGAAUGACAUACGGUUUGAGUUCACUCCAGGUCAAGACACUGCUGAUGGAGUUUCUCAGGAGCUCUUCUCUGCUGGUCUGGUCAAUGGUCAUGAUGUUGUAGUGGUGGCUGCUAACCUUCAGAAGAUUGUAGAAGACCCAGUUACCUACAAAGUGUUGACCUUUAAGCUGGCAUCAGGCUGUGACAGUACAGAAAUCCCAGAUGAGGUCAAGCUGAUUGGUUUCGCACAGUUGAGCGUCACCUGAUAGCAUCUCAUUAACAGCAGAGGGAGAGACUGAGAGGAUGACAACAUCCAAAACCUGCUGCUGCACACACAACACACUCCUGCUCACACAGCGCUUUCAGUCGCCUCGCCCCACACACACACAAGCUCUCAACCAGUGCAACAGUGUGUUCCGGAAGGAAAAACUCGUUCAUUUUCUCCAUAGGGAAGGAAAACCUUUACACAGGGCCUACUGUGAGCUGCGAGCUUGCUAAUCAAUGAAUGGGAAAUAGUCAAAAUUGCAUUGUUGAGGAAAAAGAAUUAUAAUGCAAGUAAAUCAGAUUUUAUUAUUUCGCUCAGUAAUAAGCACUCCUCCUCUCGCUUUUAUGAUGAAGUUAAGAGAGCACUUAAAAUCUGUACAUUUUUCUGGUUUUAUUUGCUAUGUGUGUUUGAGUAAAACAUUAAUAUGUUUUAUUCUGUAAAGGUUUGAUUUAAAAAUAUAGAAAAGCUGUCAUAAAAUGUGUCCGAUUAACAUUAGCUAUAUAGGUUGCACGGUGGCACAGUGGGUAGCACGUUCGCCUUACAGCAAAAAGGUCGCUGGUUCGAGCCUCA